AUAAAAUGAUACAAAAUGCAGCCUGUCAUAAACGUCUGUAUGCAUGAACCUAUAUUUCAAAGUACUGGUACUUGUUUUGGCUUGUUUGAAAACAACCUGCUGUCUCUCACUCUAUUAACAGGACGUAUUCUUGACCUGAAGACAGGAACAGUGAAAAAGGAGGGGCAACAGUCUUCCAUGAGAAUGUGUAUGGGCUCCAGGCGCUCCUUCAUCUGCCGUAUGAGGUGUGGCAGUGCACCCCUGGAUCACAUUUCACUAAAUCGUCUGUCAAAUAUGAGGAAGAGAUACAGGAAUGGCCUCGGACCAUCAAAAGAAGGGGAGGCUCAGUACUCUGUGGUUCAUUGCACUGGCUAUAUCAAAGCAUGGCCCCCUGCAGGUAUGACUGUACCAGAUGAGGACACAGAGGCAGGACAGACGGGGAAAUAUUGCCUCGUGGCCAUUGGAAGACUGCAGGUAACCAGCUCUCCUGUCUCGAUGGAUAUGAAUGGUCUAUCGGUACCCACAGAGUUCUUGUCCCGCCACAAUUCAGAUGGGGUCAUCACCUUUGUCGACCCGCGCUGCAUCAACGUUAUUGGUUAUCAGCCUCAGGACCUGUUGGGCAAAGACAUUAUCGAGUUUUGUCAUCCUGAGGACCAGAAUCACCUGAGAGAAAGUUUUCAACAGGUGGUGAAGCUAAAGGGUCAGGUACUGUCUGUGAUGUACCGUUUCCGCAUGAAAAACAGGGAGUGGAUGUUGAUCCGAACGAGCAGCUUCACGUUCCAGAACCCCUAUUCCGAUGAGAUUGAAUAUAUCAUCUGCACCAAUACCAACGUCAAGCAGCUUCAGCAGCAACAGGCAGAGCUAGAAGUUCACCAGAGAGACGGUCUGACGGCUUACGAUCUUUCCCAGGUUCCUGUGGCCAGUGUGAGCAGUGGAGUGCACGAGGCAGGGAAGAGCAUUGACAAGCCAGAAGCCCUUUUUUCCCAGGAGAGAGACCCGCGCUUUGCUGAAAUGUACACCAGCAUCUCCGGAUCGGGUGAUAAGAAGAUGAUGGUUCCCUCCUCGACAGCGGGAGGACAGCAGCUCUAUUCUCAGAGUUCUCAGUUCCAGCAGGGACACUCUGGAAAAACUUUCAGUUCCUCUGUGAUUCAUGUCCCAGGUGUGAAUGACAUCCAACCAUCAAGUUCAUCCACUCAGAAUCUAGCUCAGAUAUCAAGACAACUCAACCCAGGUCAAGUUGCUUGGUCAGGAAACCGCCCCCCGUUCUCUGGCCAGUCCAGUAAAGCCCAGUCCAGUCCAUUUGGUAUUGGGACAGGCCACAGCUACCAGACUGAUCCGGCCUCCUACAGUCCACUUUCAUCCCCAGCCACAUCAUCCCCCAGCGGGAAUGCCUACUCAGGACUGACAAACCGCAGCACAGCCUUUGAUGUGUCCGGAGAGAGCAGCCAGAGCGGAGCUCAAUUCCAGGGUCGACCCAGUGAAGUGUGGUCCCAGUGGCAGAACCAGCAUCACUCCCAGCAGGCUGGGGAGCAGCAUGCACAUACUAACCCCAGCCAGACUGAAGUAUUUCAGGACAUGUUACCCAUGGCUGGAGAUCCCACUCAGGGAACAGCCAACUACAACAUUGAGGACUUUGCUGACCUUGGCAUGUUCCCACCAUUCUCCGAGUAACCCCGCAAUCCUCCUGUACCUCUCUUCCUUUGCAAUAGAGGAACUGGACCGGUUUGGUUUGCAUUUAUUUCUCAUGUUGUUGUCUCAUUUGGAAACGUGGCUGGACCACCAGCUCACAACUGAUGUGCAGCACAUUGAAUGUCCGAGUGCACACA